AUGAAGUCCUGGACCAUCGUUCUCGUCGCCACUGGCCUGGCGUCAGCCCUCAGCAUCCCCCGCCCCAUCGACGCCCGUGCCGACUUUCCAUCGCCAUCCAGUGACGGCACCGCCGCCGAGGGUGAGGCACCUGCCGAGGGCGACGCUGCCGCGUCGGAGAGCCUGGCCGAGUCCAGCACCACCACCGAGGAGGCCGCCCAGGAGACGGCACCCCCAGCUGAAGGCCAGGAUGGACAGAACAACGACGACAACAACGAUGACAACGACGAUAACAACAACAACAACAAUGAUGGAGAGGACGGCCAGGGAGGCCGCGGCGGUAAGAAGAACAAGAACAACGGCAACAACAUCAUCGACGAGAUCCUCGGCGGCGGCGGGCAGGGACGCGGCGACAAGAAGGGCCAGCAGGCGGCGCUCACGCAGGCCAUUGUCCAGCUGACGCAAGCCAUGGGUCUCGGCGGCAUCCUCAACCUCAACGGCCUCGCCAACAUUGGCAUCGGCCAGGAGCUCCAGCUGCUGCUCCAGCUGCAGCAGAUUGCGCAGAUCCAGUCGGCGGGCUUCAUCACCCAGGUCGACAUUGUGGGACUGCUGCAGCAGAACCAGCUCUUUGGAGGCCGUGGAGGCAUCUUCAAGCGCCAAGAGGAGCUGCUCCUCAGCAAGGCGUAG